AUGUCGGACGUGCCCAAGCUCAGUAUUACACCCCUUGGAGCUGGACAGGAAGUCGGUCGGUCAUGUUGCGUGCUGCAAUAUCGCGGGCGAACAAUCGUCUGCGACGCGGGUGUUCAUCCCGCAUACAGCGGCAUUGCCUCCCUGCCGUUCGUGGAUGACCUGGACUGGAGUACGGUGGACGUUUUACUCGUAACACACUUCCACCUUGACCAUGCAGCCGCAUUAACAUACAUCAUGGAGAAGACGAACUUUCGGGACGGGAAAGGCAAAGUGUACAUGACCCACCCGACGAAGGCCCUCCACAAGUUCAUGAUGCAAGACUUCGUUCGUAUGAGUUCGUCUUCGGCCGACACAUUGUUCACGCCACUGGAAAUGUCCAUGUCUCUUGCCUCCAUUAUCCCCGUCUCCGCGCACCAAGUCAUCACCCCCUGUCCUGGUGUCUCCUUCACGCCUUACCACGCUGGGCACGUCCUCGGAGCUUGCAUGUUCCUCAUCGACAUUGCUGGCCUCAAAAUCCUCUACACUGGUGACUACUCUCGAGAAGAAGACCGUCACCUUGUCAAAGCGGAGAUUCCGCCUGUGCAUCCAGACGUGCUCAUCGUCGAAAGCACGUACGGAGUCCAAAGUCACGAGCCUAGAGAGGACAAGGAAGUGCGUUUCACUAACCUCGUCCACUCGAUCAUUCGGAGGCAGGGUCAUGUGCUCCUCCCCACCUUUGCUCUGGGGCGAGCACAAGAGUUGCUUCUUAUUCUGGACGAAUACUGGGCGAAGCAUCCGGACUUGCACAAUGUACCAAUAUACUAUGCCUCAAGUCUGGCCAGGAAGUGUAUGGCCGUGUAUCAAACAUAUAUCCACACCAUGAAUGCGAAUGUGCGAACCCGAUUUGCCAAGCGCGACAACCCCUUUGUAUUCAAACAUAUUACGAACGUCUCGGGCCAACGAGGAUGGGAACGCAAAAUCGCGGAGGGGCCACCCUGUGUCGUGCUAGCCUCACCAGGUUUCAUGAACUCGGGCGCGAGCCGAGAGCUUUUCGAGCUCUGGGCCCCUGAUUCGCGGAACGGCCUCAUCGUCACAGGGUACUCCGUCGAAGGGACGUUGGCGAGGGAUAUCCUCAACGAGCCGGAAGAGGUUCAAACUAUGAAGGGAGGGACUCUACCGAGGAAGCUUUCUGUCGACUACAUUUCCUUCAGCGCCCACGUCGACUACUCGCAAAAUUCCGAGUUCAUGGAACUGGUCAAGCCACAACACAUCGUACUGGUGCACGGAGAAGCCACAGGUAUGGGUCGUCUCAAGGCUGCCAUGCAAGACAGGUAUCGGAGUCGAGACGAGGAAGUCAAGAUCCACAUGCCACGGAACCUGGAGACGCUUGAACUGACGUUCCGUAGCGAGCGUGUUGCGAAGGCAAUCGGUACCCUCGCCGCGAAGCCCCCCCAACCCGGAGCGACGGUGUCGGGUCUGCUUGUUGCGAAGGACUACUCGUACACUCUCCUCGACCCCCGCGACCUGCGCGACUUCGCCGGCCUCACGACGUGCGCCGUCACGCAGCGCCAGACGGUCGCCCUUGGUGUCGGCUGGGAGCUUGUUCGGUGGCACCUGGAGGGCAUGUACGGGACCGUCGAGGUCGGCUUGGACAAGGACGGCGUCCCCACGAUGCGGGUUAUGGGUGCGGUGGACGUGAAGAUGACGAAGGAACAGGAGCUUACGCUCGAGUGGGACUCGAGCGCGAGCAACGACAUGAUCGCGGACUCGACCCUCGCGCUCAUCAACGGCAUCGACUCGAGCCCCGCCUCCGUGAAACUGACUACCCACCCGCACAAGCACGCGCACGCGCCUGAGGGCCCGCACCCACACGCGGACACGGACCCGGACGAGGAGCGCACGGCGCAGCAGCGUAUCUCGCGCCUCGCGUGGUUCCUCGAGGCGCACUUCGGCGACGUCGAGCUGCACAUGCCCGAGGCGGGGGACGACGUGGAGCAGGGCGAGGACGCGCACGAGCCCGCGCUGCUCGUCACGCUCGACGACGUCGACGCCGUCAUCAACCUGCUCUCGAUGACUGUCACGAGCUCGAGCGACGCGCUCAAGCGGCGCGUAGAGGCGGUCCUGGACAUGGCGGUUUCAACGGUCGGCUCGCUCAGCGAGGUGUUCACCGCGGGCGUGCCACUGCAGAUGGAUGAUCCUGCCAUGGCGGUGGACGGAAAGUCUAGCUCCCCGGACGGCUUGGAGGCGAUCCCUGAAGAUACAGAAGACAGCAAGGCGGACGGCGUCGAUGCAGAUAUUGAGGCCGAUGCUAUCGAGGAUGGGACUGUCAAAAAUGGCACAGGCGAAGAGGAGAGCCCUUUGCAGGCCUGA